CUCCCCCCCCACCCCCAGCAGGCACCCCGGCCGCCAUGAACGAGCAGUACACCAUCCACUUCGCCAAGGGUGCCCUGCCCCCCCGGAACCCCGCCAAGCACUACUUCUUGGACAGGGAAUUGGGGCACCAAAAAGAUAUCCUGACAGAGGAUGACGUCUACUGCAGCUGCCUGGCCAAGACUCUCUGCCACGUGCCUGUCCCUGUGACCGUGGGUUUCUAUGCCCCCUUUGGCUGCCGCUUGCACAUGAUGCUGGACAAGAUCAUGGUGCUGAUGCAGCAGGAGGCGACCCAGUGCGAGGCCAAGGAGCUGCAGCACGUGCAGUGGCAGCCGCGGCCCGUGCAGGGCUGGGGCUUCUCGAAGCUGCUGUGGUACCUGGUGUUCCUGCAGCCCAUCAUCACCGAGGUGCAUCUGCGGCGCAAGAACGUCAAGUUCCUCUUCAUCCGCUUCAGCGCCUGGCAGUACGCGGGCACUGACAAGCUGUGGGCCGGCCUGGUGACCACGCUGUGCGAGGGCAUCCGCCAACAAUACGGCGCACUGCCCUUCAGCUUGUACUCGGUGCUGGGCAAGAAGGCGGCCACGAGGCCGGGCUGCCGCCAGCGCGAGUGGCACUGCCGGCGCCAACUGUGCCUGACACUGCUGGCGCUGCUGGCGGCGCUCAGCCUGGGCAUGAGCCUGCUCUACGUGUCGAUGGGCUCCCACGCGCUGAGCCACAGCAACCUGUUCCGGGCAUUCGGCGGCGUGGCCACCACGCUUUCGAGCUCCGGGCUGCUCAUGGGCAUGUACUCGGUGGGCAAGCACCUGUUCGUGAGCCAGCGCAAGAGAAUUGAGCGGCUGGUGUUGCGCGAGAAGUUCGGCAGCCAUCUGGGCUUCAUGUGCGAGGUGAAGAAGGAGGUGGAGCUGCUCACCGACUUCCUGUGCUUCCUGGAGAUCUACCAGCGGCGCCGGCUGCGCGUCGUGCUCGAGAUCACAGGGCUGGACACGUGCUACCCGGAGCGCGUGGUGGGCGUGCUAAACGCCAUCAACACGCUGCUGUCCGACAGCCACGCGCCCUUCAUCUUCAUCCUGGUGGUGGACCCCAGCAUCCUGGCCUCGUGCCUCGAGAGCGCCUGCUCCAUGAAGGGCACGGCCGACAACGGUUACCUCUUCCUCAACCGCACCGUCACGCUACCCUUCUCCGUGCCCAUCAUGGGCCGCCGCAGCAAGCUGCAGUUCCUGCACGAUGCGGUGCGAAGCCGCGACGACCUGCUCUAUCGCGAGAUGACGCGCAGCGUGAGGUCGCGGGACGGGGGCGGGGCGGGGGCGGGGGCGGUGGGCGGGAGCGCGGCGGGGGAGGGGGGCGGGGACGUCGAGCCGCUCCUGGAGAUGGAGGAGCAGGCCCGGGCCGAGAGCGCGCAAAGCCUCCUGGAAGUCCAGGCGGCGCGCAGCAUCCAGGAGGCGCUCUUCUGCCUGCACGACGAGGGCGACUGCCUCUUCGAGUACGUGCCCGACAACGUGGUGUCCAUGCGGCGCAUCGUCAACACCGUGCCCAUCACCGUGCGCCUGCUGCAACAGCAGCAGGGGGGCUUCGGGGGCCUCUCGCCGCGCCAGGCCGUGGCUUGGGUCGUGCUCGCCAACCAGUGGCCGUGCCGUCUCAGCUGGGUCCUGCAGUGCCUAGAGGACCGGCAGCAGGCCGGGGGCGCGCCCGAAACCUGCGCGCGCCUCUGGGACGCGUUCUGCGACCACAGCCUCGAGCUGCACACCAUGACCGAGACGCUGCAGAAGGUGCUCGACCUGGACGGCGACCCCGAGCUUUUCCAGCGCUUCCUGGACGCUGACUUCGCCUUCACCGUGGCCGAGGCGCAGAGCCUCCUGCGCUGCACCGUCAACCUGGACCACUCCAUCCGCCACCGCAUGGGCCUCAUCCGGGCCGUCAGCACGCUCAAGCCGCCCCGCCCGCCCAAGUCCCGCCGCAAAGCCCCGCACACCGCCAGCGGAGCCAACCACGCCCCCGGGGCGGCCUGGGCAGGCCAAGCUCCUGCGCAUGCCUGCGAAGCCCACCAACCCCCGGACGGGGGCGAGUCCAGACCCAUGGCCUGAGUGCCCUUCACUUGGGGUCGGUCUAGCCCAGGUGGGCCUUGAAUGGAAGACCUUGGGCGCAGCAGAGGGCAACACUUCCUUCUGCCCAGAUGAGAGCAUAGCGGGCCUAACUGGGGCCAAGGCCCAGGGUCCAGUGUCCGGAAUGAGGCCUGUGGUGGCCACAUUCCCCAGGUGAAUCUGUGAGCCAGAGAGAGCUGUUGGCAGUAGCUACCAGGAGUGGGGCAGUGUAUCAGUGACAGCAUCUGAGAGCCCAGGCAGAAGGACCCAUGAGAAACUCGGGGUUCAAGUGCAAUAAAUGAAGAUGUGAA